UCAUUCUUUGCUACGAUUGGGAGAAAGUUGACAUUAUUUUUAUCUUGGCAUUAUCAUAUGUAAACAAAUGAUGUCAUGAAAAGAAACAAAAACCAUGAUACCCUACUUUAAAGCAUUCAUCUGAGUAACCUUCAUAACAAAAGGUGUUCGAAUUUAAAUGCUCAAAUUUUUUCCAAGUUUCGGAGCAAUAUUCAACGUCCAAUCAUGAGACCUGAAAUGUGAUAAGAAAAGUUUCUUAAUCAGUAUCUCUAAAACAUUUUUUUUCUAGAAAGCUGGCUUUUGAUUCGUUAUAAUAUAAAUAGCAUUUUAACUGCAAUCAAGGAAGAACUAAUCAUUUUAAACAUGGGAUCCAGGGAUAAAGUACUCCAUCUACUUAGCAAUGUUGCUAAAGUAUCGUGUCGCUGCCCAGCUCAUUCAAGUGCAGUUUAUUUAAGAGGUAGCCAUGCUGCUGUUCCAAAGCCAGUUGCUGGCAAGGAUUAUGCUUUUGAAAUGGCUUGUUCAAGUGUUCGAUACGGACCUGGAGUAACACAAGAAUUAGGAAUGGAUUUACAAAAUAUGAAUGCCAAAAGAGUAUUGGUUAUGACGGACUCAAACCUUGGCUCCCUUCCCCCGAUGUCUCAAGCUAUGGAUUCUAUAAAAAAGUGUUCGAUUGACUUUGAUGUUUUUGACAAAGUUAGAAUUGAGCCUACUAAUGAUAGCUUUAAAGAAGCUAUUUCUUUUGCAAAAAAGAGGAACUAUGAUGCUUUUGUUGCAGUUGGAGGUGGAUCUGUAAUAGAUACAUGUAAAGCUGCCAAUUUAUAUGCAGCAGAUCCUGAGGCUGAAUUUUUAGAUUAUGUGAAUGCACCCAUUGGAAAAGGAAAACCUGUCACUAAGCCUCUCAAACCUCUAAUUGCUGUGCCAACAACUGCUGGAACUGGAAGUGAAACUACUGGUGUUGCUGUAUUUGAUUAUUUGCCUCUAAAAGCCAAAACAGGUAUUGCCCAUCGAGCACUUCGUCCAACCUUAGGAAUCAUUGAUCCUUUGCACACACUUCACAUGCCAAACAGAGUUGCUGCAUACUCUGGGUUUGAUGUAUUAUGUCAUGCCUUGGAAUCUUAUACAGCCAUCCCUUACAACGAAAGAUCACCGUGUCCAUCUAACCCAAUAAUGCGUCCGGCAUAUCAAGGAAGCAAUCCCAUAAGUGAUAUUUGGUCACUAAAAGCACUCAAGAGUAUGCAGAAAUACUUUAUAAGAGCUGUCAAGAAUUCUGAUGAUUAUGAAGCUCGGUCAGAAAUGCAUUUGGCUAGCACUUUUGCUGGAAUAGGAUUUGGAAAUGCUGGUGUGCAUCUUUGUCAUGGAAUGUCAUAUCCAAUUUCUGGCUUAGUAAAGAAAUAUAAAGCCUCAGAAUAUAAAUGUGAUCAUCCUAUUAUUCCUCAUGGGUUAUCUGUAGUGAUUACGGCACCUGCUGUCUUCCGCUUCACUUCACCAGCUUGCCCGGACAGACAUUUGACUGCUGCUGAAGCAUUAGGAAAAGACAUUACCAAUGCCAAAAAAGAAGAUGCUGGUUUAAUUCUGUCUGAUGUGGUUCGCGAUUAUAUGCACAACUUAGGCAUAGAAGAUGGCUUAAAAGGAUUAGGGUUUGAUUCAAGUGAUAUUCCAGAGCUGGUGGAAGGCACUUUGCCUCAGCACCGUGUUACAAAACUAGCUCCCAGAGAACAAUCAAGAGAAGAACUGAGUCAAUUGUUUGAAAAUUCUUUAACUGUAUACUGAGGCUGAAAUUAACAUAUUUCCAAGUACAAUUAUGAAAUCUUUUAUUAUAUUUAUACAUACAUGUUACAUUUCAAUAAAUAGUUUUAUAAAUACAA